AUGAAAACCUUCAACAAACUAUACCUAGAGACUCCUCCACACUUUCGCAUGACAUCAAUCGCUCUACUACGAACGAUUAUUCAUCCCGGCGACUUCAUGAUCAGCCUAGAUAUACAAGACGCAUACUUACACGUCCCUAUCCUGCCAGAGCACCGCCAUUUUCUUCGGUUUGUGUUCCUAGGCCAACACUACCAAUGGCGAGUGCUCCCAUUUGGAAUUUCUUCGGCCCCGUGGCUAUUUACUCGCCUCACAAAACCCAUCGUCAAGUUCCUACACACUCGAGGCAUCGUCUUCGAAACGUACAUCGACGACUGCAUUCAAGCCAACAAGGAUUCGAACACUCUACUUCAUCACCUCGAUUUCUCUCAACGCCUACUUCAUCAACUAGGUUGGAUCAUCAACCCAAAAAAGUCCGAAACUAUUCCAACACAACGUCUCCAGUUCAUCGGAGCCCUCUUCGACACGAGUCUGGGCAAGAUGUUUGUACCCCAAGAUCGUUGGGAGAAAAUCCAACGCCUCGUUCCAUUGGCACUCAAACAGCCAAUUUCCUUACGUCAAUGGCAACAACUUCUCGGUCUCCUAACAUCAGCACAAGCCCUCACCAAGAGAGGUCAACUUCACUUACGGCCAAUCCAGUGCUUCCUCAAGCCCUUCCUUCAGGACGACGAUUGUCAGGUUCUAAUAUCUCUUCCAAACCAUCUACACCCACACCUCAAAUGGUGGUUAACUCCAUCAAAUGUCUGCGAAGGAGUCUCCUUGCAACCAUUCAGCCCGACCCUCCACCUGUUCGUCGACGCCUCAACCGUCGGAUGGGGAGCUCAUUGCCAAGACCUACAAGUGGCAGGGCGGUGGUCAUUAGAAGAAAGCCAGCUUCACAUCAACAAUCUAGAAUUCAAAGCAGUGAUUCUGGCAGUGUCUCAUUGGUCAACACUCCUUCAGUCCUCCACACUAAUGAUUCAGUCAGACAACCUAUCGGUCGUGUGGUACAUAAACAAGAUGGGAUCCACCAAGUCAACGUCACUUCUAUCUCUAGCACUCGACUUCUUCAAACUGAUCGACUCACUCAACAUUCAAGUUCGAGCGAGACAUAUUCCCGGCAUCGCCAACGUCAUAGCCGACUCCCUGUCCCGACCCGACAAACCAUCUCCCACGGAAUGGCGUCUACAUCCCUUGUUCACGUAUCAGGAUCUCAACAUUCUUUGA